AUGACUGUUGUUACCCCGACUUGCCAAAAGCAGGAACAGUGCCUUAGAAGUGUUAGAGACUCCUCUGAGAGUCAAACAGAGUCCUCCCUAUCAGAUGACAACACUAUAAACCAACUGAUUCCCACCAACUCACCCUUUCCUUCACUUCCUCCCCAACCUAUGUUUAUCCUCAGACCGGCCGUAUUCAAUCUGGAAACUCCUAUCCUUCCCCUAACGUCGACUGACAUAGUAAUUGAGGAAACAGCACCUCUGGUGACCACACUACCCCCUAUACCCCAGCCCAAAUUUCUCAAACCUCCUUCACUCCCAUCCAAACCACUCAAAAACUCCACAAAUCCCUUCAUUACCCCAGCUCUUCAGGUUACUGCUCCUACCCCUAAUGCUCCUCCCUCUUGCAAACCACCAUCCUCCUCAUCUCAGACACUCCCAACACCCUCCACUCUAAUGUCAGCCUCGCCAGUCAUGUCAAAUGUGACUAAAGGAAUGGUGGCCAUGCCCAGACCUGGAUCCCACAAAGUGCCAUUGUUUGAGGGCAAAACAUCCAAGCUCCUCAACUUCUUUGAACUCUUCAAGGACUUAGCUGCCUCCUGUGCACUCAUGGAUGAGCAAAAAUGCAAGACCAUUGUGAGAUAUACUGACACUCUCACCAAACGGUUUUGGGUUAUGAUAUCUGGAUAUGAGAGCAAGGACUAUGCGCUCCUCAAAAGGAAUAUCCUGGCCAAGUACCCCCAUGCUAAUUGGGGCAUACAGUACACAAUCCGAGACUUAGAGCACCUUAUCCUCAACACCACAGAAUCGGAAAUCUCCACCAAAAUGGAGCUCCUCCAAUAUUACCAUCAGCUCUGUCCUAUUGCAGCUUGGCUGAUCACAAACUCUAAGAUUAUGGCUCGUGAAUGUGACUGGUACUUCCUACAAGGACUGCCCCAGUCAGUAUGCCAAGCUAUUGACUGA